AAGUCGUCGUUUUUUUGUCCAAGGCAUGUCAGUUCAUUUUCGAUAACCGACAGUGACAAUCGCACCAAAUCCCACCCAAGCCUCACAAUGAAUCCUUUGACGGUUGUUGCAGUCCUCUCCUCGAUGGCCCUUUCGGCUCAGGCUGGUCUGAUCGGCGCUCCUCUGGCCGCCGCUCCUCUGGGCGCCCACCUGGGUGCUCCUCUGGCCUACUCCGCUCCCCUGGGCGCUGCUCCCUACUUCGCCCCGGCUGCCUACUCCGCUCCACUGGGCUACGCCGCUCCUCUGGGAUACAACGCCCCUCUGGUGGCGGGACCUGCUCCUCUGGUGGCCAAGACCUACGCCGCCGCUCCAGUUGCUGCUCCUCUGGCUGCUCCGAUUGCUGCUCCUCUGGCUGCUCCAGUUGCCCCGGUUGCUGCCCGCCUGGCUGCUCCAGUUGCUGCUCCUCUGGCUGCUCCAGUUGCUGCCCCAGUUGCCGCUCCUCUGGCUGCUCCCUUGGCUGCUCCAGUUGCUGCUCCUCUGGCCGCUCCCGUUGCUGCUCCCCUUGCCACCGAGAUCGUGGAUGCCCAUCCGCAGUACAAGUUCGCCUACGAUGUCCAGGACACGCUCACCGGCGACUCGAAGACCCAGGAGGAGACCCGUGACGGCGACAUCGUGCGCGGAUCCUACUCCCUGAUCGAGCCCGACGGUUCCCGUCGCAUCGUCAGCUACUACGCCGACUCCAUCAACGGAUUCAACGCCGUCGUCCAGAAGGAUGUGCCCGUGGCCGUUGCCCCAGUUGCUCCAGUUCUGGCCAAGACCGUGGCUGCUCCAGUGGUGGCGGCUCCCGCCCCAGUGGCUCCUCUGUUCGCCAAGACCCUGGCCGCUCCCAUCGUUGCCUAAGCAGCAAGGGAAGGAAGGAAGGAUUGACCGCAAUUCGACAAAGGACUUUCAUCUGUACAUAUUCGAUUAAUCAUUGUCGAGCUACAAAAUAACUUUCAUCGCAAAACCCAAAAUUAAACAAAUUCUGAAAAAAAA